AUGUUUGGGUUUAGAAAAGCAGCUUCACCUAGUCCUGCAAAACCUCCGGAGGCUGAAGCAGAAAAGAAAGAAGCACCUGCUAGAAGGACUGCUUCUGAACCAGCCCUCCCUGUUCCAGACUCUAAAAAGACCAACCCUUUCGACGAUGACGACGAUGACGAUGACUUCUUUGGAAAAAAGACUACAACACUUAGGAAAAAACCAAAGAGUAAAGCUGAUCUGGACAGCAUGUCUAAUCAGGAAUUAGAACAAUAUGCUGCAGAUCAGGCUAAAGAAACUACGAAAAGUGUAAAUAAUGCCUUGAAAAUAGCAGAAGAUAUCAGAGAGGAUGCUAGUAAGACCCUUGAUACUUUGCAUGCUCAAGGGGAGCAGAUUCAUAGGACCCAUGAAAAGGCUGCUGAAAUGGAUAAAGAUUUAAGCAGGGGUGAAAAGAUUUUGGGGAAUCUGGGAGGGAUUUUCUCCAUGACUUGGAAGCCAAAGAAGGGGAAGGAAAUCACAGGGCCGGAGCCAAUUAAAGAUGACAAAGCAGACAAGAAAGCAAGUAAGGAGGACAGGGAGAAGUUGGGUUUGGGUCAUGCACCAAAAGGGAAGAAGGGCGCUAGAGCUGGAGGUGCUAAACCAAAGGAUGCCAUGGAGCAAGUUGAGUUGGAGAAGCAAAAACAAGAUGAGGCAUUGGAUGAUUUAAGCGAUGUAUUGGGUGAUCUGAAGGGAAUGGCUUCUGAAAUGGGAUCUGAACUUGACAGGCAAAACAAAGCUCUUGAUGAUCUUUCGGAGGAUGUUGAUGAGCUAAACUCACGAGUCAAAGGCGCAAACACUCGUGCACGUAAAUUGCUUGAUAAAUGA